CUGCAUGCCCCUGGCUCCGUCAUACAGAAGGAAAAUGACAAGAAGAUCCUGGAACUCAUCUCCAACAUCAUCCAGCUGCUGACUGGAGAGGUUGCCAUAAGGUGUGAGGAUGUUUCCAUCUAUUUUUCCUUGGAGGAGUGGGAGUAUAUAAAAGGAAACAAGGCCCUUUACAGGGAAGGGAUAAAGGAGGAGGAGGAGGAGCCCCAGCAGCUCCGCCCACUGGCAGCCUGUGAGUAUAAAGAUGGGAGCGAUGUUACAGCACAUACGGAAGCAACUUUAUGUUGUAAUAAUGAUGGGAAUCUCACAAACCCUGAUGUUUCUCCAGCGGAACAGCCCCCACCAGCCAAUGGGAUUAAAGAGGAGGCGGCUUCAUGGGAAGGGGGAAACCAAUCAGAUUGCAGCAUUAAUCCCCUUACAGAACAGAUACAGGGAACAGACACACCUACUCCUAUCAUGGGGUGCAGCCUGAAUAACAGCUCGGCAGAGGAUUAUACAUUGGUUGUUAUUAAAGAGGAAGAGGAUUCAUGGGAAGGGGGAAACCAAUCAGAUUGCAGCAUUAAUCCCCUUACAGACCAGAUACAGGGAACAAAUACUCCUAUCAUGGGGAGCAGCCAGAAUACCUUACAAAUGACGGGUAAUAAUCAUGAUAAAAAUUCCCACCAAUCUCCACAUAAAUCUCACAUAACAAAAAAUACAUUACGUAGGAAAUACAGCUGCAUUGAUCGUCAUCAUUGGACUCACACAGGGGAGAAACCAUAUUCUUGCGUUGAAUGUGGAAAAACUUUUUCAAACCAAUCCCACCUUAAAACUCAUCAUAGAACCCACACAGGGGAGAAACCAUUUUCUUGUGUGAAAUGUGGGAAAUGUUUUCCAAUCCAAUCUGAGCUUGAUCGUCAUCAAAGGACUCACACAGGGGAGAAACCAUUUUUAUGUUCUGAAUGUGGGAAAUGUUUUGCACAGCAAUCCCACCUUAAAAUUCAUUAUAGAACCCACACAGGGGAGAAACCAUUUUCAUGUUCUGAAUGUGGGAAAUGUUUUAUAGACCAAUCCAACCUGAAAACUCAUUAUAGAACCCACACAGGGGAGAAGCCAUUUUCUUGUUCUGAGUGUGGGAAAUGUUUUGUAAGAAAAUCUCAUCUAGAUCGUCAUCAAAGGACUCACACAGGGGAGAAGCGAUUUUCUUAUUCUAAAUGAGGAAAAUGAUUUGCAUUGAACAGGAGUCUAAAAAUACUUUCACAAUGAGGGAAACCGUAAACUCGUUAUACAAAGGAAGCAUCAGGCAAACAUUCUCUUUCAAGCAGAUUCCAUCUUAAUAUAUGUUUCAGUAUUUACAGAGAGGAACACAUUUGU